AUGCCUCAUACCUCGAAUCUGCCGUGGCGGGCUGCUCUUCGCCAUGCUUCACCGUCGGCCACACGAAAUCUCGCGUCGAGAGCAUCGGCGCGCUAUCUCCCUGCACAAUGCACUGCAUCCAUUGUAUCACGUUACCCGCUUCGGUGCCCAUCGCCGCCCGCCGCGCUACUCGCCCACCGUAACUUCUCUACAUCGCUGAGAAGAGAGAAGGAAAAGGACCCCAAAGACCCAAAAGUGCCACCAGAGCCUGCAGAAGAAGAUGCUGUGGACGAGAAGAAAGAAAACGAGGCGCUGGAGUUUGACUCCAAUCAGGGAAGAACAUUCAAGCAACUCCAAGACAAGAUCGCUGAGAUGGAGGCAAGAGCGGAGCUUGAAGCCAAGAAUAGAGCAAACGACUCGAACGCACCACGUGCGGCUUCUGGGCGCAGUGCCGCAGCAGGAAGAGGAGGAGACGGCUCAGGAGGCGACAAUGGCGGUAAAAAGCGCAAAGGCUCUUCGCCCGUGAGCCCUGCAGUACCCGAAGUCUACCCGCAACUCAUGGCUAUACCGCUGCUCCGACGUCCGCUUUUCCCGGGCUUCUACAAGGCCAUCACCAUCCGAGACAGAGCCGUUGGAGAGGCACUCUUAGAAUUGGUCCGGCGUGGCCAGCCAUACAUUGGUGCUUUCAUGUUCAAGGAGGACAGCGUCGACAAGGAUGUCAUCGAUGAUAUAAGCGAAGUACACAGUGUUGGCACCUUCUGCCAAGUCACCAACGCGUUCCCGGUUGGCGGUGACGACAACUUCGCCAUGACUUGCGUUCUCUAUCCCCACCGAAGGAUAAAGCUGACAGACCUCACUCCACCCAAGGCGGUUGAGGAGGGCACACCCGAGACACCGUCUGUGGUCGAGAGCACAUUGGAAGAAGCCACGGUCAAUGAAGCGCCCUCCAAUCAAGCCAAGGGCGACGUCGUGGCGAGCUUCGAGGAGGCUAGCGAAGAAGCCAAGGGACAGGAGGACAACAUCCCAGCGCUGCUCAAGGGUCGCAAGGUCAGCGUUGCUGAAGUUGAGAACUUGGCUGAGGAGCCCUAUGACAUGAAGACGAACAAGACUAUCCAGGUGCUCAUCAACGAGAUCGUCAACACGUUCAAGGGUGUGGCCCUGCUUAACCCACUCUUCCGCGACCAUAUCUCUACCUUCUCCGUACACACGACCAUGAACGUCAGUGAGGACCCAGUCAAAUUGGCUGAUUUCGCUGCUGCAGUCGCACAGGCCGAGUCGGGCGAGUUGCAGUCUGUUCUCGAAGAGAUGGACAUAGAGAAGCGCCUGAGCAAGUCUCUCGAAGUUUUGAAGAAGGAGCUGCUGAGUGCCGAACUACAAAAGAAGGUCUCCGACGAUGCCAAUGCGAGAGUCAGCAAGAAGAACCGCGAGUACCUGCUGAUGGAGCAAAUGAAGCAGAUCAAGCGCGAGCUUGGCAUCGAGUCUGACGGCAAGGAGAAGCUAAUUGAGAAGUUCACUGCAAAGGCCGCCAAACUGGCCAUGCCCGAGGGUGUCCGCAAAGUGUUCGAUGAGGAGAUGGGCAAGCUUGCGGGUCUUGAGGCCAAUGGUUCAGAGUUCAAUGUGACGCGCAACUACCUCGACUGGCUCACUCAGCUACCUUGGGGCCUUCGUAGCGCCGAGACCUUCGCCAUCAAUCACGCUCGUGAAGUUCUUGACGAGGAUCACCACGGCCUAAAGGAUGUCAAGGACCGUAUUUUGGAGUUCAUCGCGGUCGGUAAGCUUCGCGGUACUGUGGAAGGCAAGAUCCUGUGUCUGGUCGGUCCUCCCGGUGUUGGCAAAACUUCUAUUGGCAAGUCAAUCGCACGCGCAUUAAACCGCCAGUACUACCGCUUCAGCGUUGGUGGUCUGUACGAUGUCGCCGAAAUCAAGGGUCACCGAAGAACGUACGUCGGUGCAUUACCUGGGCGGAUUAUCCAGGCGCUGAAGAAGUGUCAAACGGAGAAUCCACUUGUCCUCAUUGAUGAAGUCGACAAGAUGGGUCGCAUGAGCAACCAUGGUGACCCGGCAUCCGCACUGUUGGAACUGCUCGACCCAGAGCAAAAUAACAGCUUCCUGGACCACUACCUCGACGUGCCUGUUGAUCUGUCCAAGGUCCUUUUCGUCUGCACAGCCAACAUGGAUGACACGAUCCCGCAGCCCCUCCUCGAUCGUAUGGAAGUUAUCCGACUUUCUGGCUAUGUGUCUGACGAGAAGAUCGCCAUCGCCGAGAAAUACCUGGCACCAGCAGCCAAGGAGAUGAGCGGAUUGAAGGGUGCGGAUGUGGAGCUCCAUAACGGUGCGAUUGUGGAACUGAUCAACAAGUACUGUCGUGAGUCUGGUGUUCGUAACUUGAAGAAGCAUAUUGAGAAGGUAUACCGAAAGGCUGCUCUCAAGAUUGUCUCUGAGGUUGGCGAGGAUGCUUUGCCAGAAGCGGAUGCGCUCACCGAGAAGGGCAAGGCUGCACAGAAGGAGUCGGAGAAGGAUGACACCGACCCGAAUGCUACACCUGAGAACAUCGACAAGCAGUCCGUGGAGAAGCCUCGCGUCGCGCUUAAAGUUCCCGACACUGUACACGUUUCCAUCACCCAGGAAAACCUAAAAGACUAUGUCGGCCCGCCUGUCUACAUCUCCGAUCGUCUCUACGAAACCACUCCUCCCGGUGUUGCCAUGGGUCUUGCAUGGACGGCAAUGGGCGGCUCUGCGCUUUACAUUGAGUCAAUAGUGCAAAAUGCACUAACAGCUGCCUCGCAUGGCGGUCUUGAGCGCACUGGCUCUCUGCGCGACGUCAUGAAAGAGUCGACCGGUGUUGCGUACUCGUUUGCUAAGAGCGUCAUGGCCAGGGAAUAUCCCAAGAACAAGUUCUUCGAGCACGCAAGGAUACAUUUGCAUUGUCCUGAGGGCGCGACACCCAAAGACGGACCCAGUGCUGGUAUCACCAUGACAUCCAGCUUACUGAGUCUCGCGCUUAAAACACCUAUCAAGGAGCACGUGGCCAUGACUGGUGAGAUCACGCUCACGGGCAAGGUGCUAAGGAUUGGCGGUCUUCGCGAGAAGACGGUUGCGGCAAGGAGAGCUGGUGCAAAGACCGUCAUCUUCCCACAAGACAACAUGAGCGAUUGGCUGGAGCUUCCUGAGAACAUCAAAGAAGGCAUUGAAGGAAAGCCAGUAAGCUGGUACUCUGACGUAUUCAGCAUCGUCUUCCCCGAUGUCGACCGCGAUACAGCCAACAAGCUCUGGAAAGACGACCUCAAGACCAAAAAGGGCGACCGUGAGCGUAAAGAGCGAAAGCGCAAAGACGACGAAGAAGAGUCCGGCGAAGAUGACGACUGA